AUGGGCCCAUCUAGAGCCCUGGCAGUGGCUAUGACGGUCUACCCAUUGCGUCAAGUCCUCGUCCGAUCAUUACACGCUUCGUCGCUGAAUCUCGCCCCUGUCGCUGCCGCCUCCUCCUCCUCCUUCUCGUCGCGGCUCAGCGGGACGCCUGCCAGUGCCUCAGCACUUUACGGCCACAAGCCACCUCGUCCAGACGACAAACCAGGAAAGCGAAUCAGAUAUCAGCGAUUCGCCAAACCCGGUGGCGCUUCCGGCCGACGCUUGGCCCUCGCUCGACCGAGAUCCUUUUCACCUACUACAUACGAUCUCCCGCCCUCCUCUGCGCCGGCUUCUCAUGCGACUCCGAAACGAUUCGAUGAGUUUGAAGUCCAUCCACGGAUGCUUCCUGGUGUCUACGAAAAGCUAGGAGAUCAUCCUGAAACCACACCCAUCCAAUCCCUCGCCUUCAACCACUUCUUCCCAGUCGCUGAGCCUUCUCAACGGGUGCUCCUCGGCGCCGAAACGGGUUCAGGCAAGACGUUGGCCUUCCUUGUCCCUCUCAUGUCUCAGCUCAAGCUGACAGAAGGGGAAGACAGGAAGUAUCACGAUGACGAUUCCAAAUAUGAAGCUCUCCUACCCCGAUCCAUUAUCCUCUCCCCGACACACGAGCUCACACGACAGACGACCGGUUUGGCCAAAUCAUUGGUGCAUUCAAUGAAACUCAGUGUCUUCGGAAUGAGCCAGACGCAAGAUGGGGGCAUAGGCAAACAACGAGGCAUCAAAGAUAUCUUUCUCGGCACGGUGGCCAUGACACGACGGAUGCUCGGAUUGAGUAAACCUGGCGGCGAUGAGAAUCUCGACAAAAUGCGAAAAGCCUGGGUCGUCCCUGAUCGACUCGAUUGGUUGGUCAUUGAUGAAGCGGAUGUCCUAUUGGGUCGAGACUUUCAAGAAGAGACCAUGACCGUGAUCAUGCACUUGGCAAAAGAUCGACCGAAUCUUAACAUCAUCUUGUGUACCGCCACUGUUCCCCCUGCCCUCCUUCAGCUCAUGUCCACGCACCCCUUCUUCGCCUCUACGCCAUUCACCUACCUCCUCUCGCCCAAUCUACACAAACUCCCAUCCAGUCUCGAAGCUCGAUUCAUCAAGUUUACGGGCAACGUCAGCCCCAUCAACCAAGUGGGUCAGCAUCUCAAACACAUCAUGACGGAAGAUCUGCGGUCGCGGAAAGCGAGGAUGGAACAGGGUGAGGACCUCAACAGAUCCAAAUAUGUCAUUUUCUGCAAUACCGAUGCCAAAGUUCGACUUCUCGGCGCUCUGCUUGAGCGUCUCAAAAUUCCAACUGUUAUCUGGACAGGUGGAGGCAAUCAUCGAGUUCACGGCAAAAAUGGCCCAUUGAACAGGUUCCUCCUUGAGCCAAAGGCUCGAGCAGCGAUGAACAGCAUCUCCAAUGCAGAGGACACGGCUUCGAGCCGGGUCCUAGUGACGACAUCUAUCCUAUCGCGAGGCCUCGACUUUCACCCGUUAGUCAGUGCCGUUAUAUUGGUCGACGAGCCCAGAGACGUACUGGACUUUGUUCACCGCGCUGGACGCGCUGGACGAGCCGGACGGACCGGAAGAGUCAUCGUCUUUGGGGAUGGCAAAAGGGGAGUGAAGAGCGUGACGGAGAAAGUCGGGGCUCUCGCAGGUCUACCGACGCCCUCAAAGAAGAGAACGGGGAGGUUUCACGACUCUUUCCCUCGCAGGGCUGCAAUCCGGAGACAGAGGUAG